UGGCCGUCGUGCACCCAGUGCCAAGCAUCCACGGCGAUGGCCCCCCGCUCGCCGCCACCGUGUCACGCCGGCAGCCUCAGGUUCGCCUGACGACGCAACGCCAAUGCCAAGAACCACCACCACCGCCCAUGAAACCUGGAGACGCGCCAAGAGUACGCAGAGGCUGAGCUGAGCCAGGACGACGUACGACGACGACGACUAUGGCGGCGGCGGCGUUGCUGUUGGCGCCAGUGGCGGCGCCAUGGUCGCGUGUACCGUCUGCAGGGAGGAGGGUUCGGUGCGCGGCGACUGCGCCGGCGCCGAUGGGGGAGAAGACGGAGUACCGGGACGGGCCGGUGGAGCGCGCCUUCAUGGGGCUGUUCGCGCGCAAGAUGGAGAAGUACGCCGUCGUCUCCAGCUCCGGCGGGAAGGGGAAGGAGAAGAAGAAGGAGAAGAGCUCGAGGUCGGUGUGGGAGUGGGACUACGAGAGCUUCGUGGACGUGUCGCGGCGGGUGAUGGUGGGGCGGACGCGGGCGCAGCAGCAGGAGGCCGUCCGCGAGGUGCUCCUCUCCAUGCUCCCCCCCGGCGCCCCCGAGCAGUUCAAGAAGCUCUUCCCGCCGACGAGGUGGGCCUGCGAGUUCAACGCUGCCCUCACCGUCCCCUUCUUCCACUGGCUCGUCGGCCCAUCAGAGGUUGUGGAGGUUGAGGUCAAUGGGGUGAAGCAGAAGAGUGGAGUGCUGAUAAAGAAAUGCAGGUACCUGGAGAACAGCGGCUGCGUCGGAAUGUGCGUCAACAUGUGCAAAAUUCCGACGCAAAACUUCUUCACCAACGAGUUCGGACUCCCUCUCACCAUGAAUCCAAAUUUUGAAGAUAUGAGCUGUGAAAUGAUUUACGGCCAAGUGCCCCCACCCUUGGAAGAAGACCCAGCAUCAAAACAGCCCUGCUAUGCCAAUCUAUGUUCCAUCUCAACACCCUCAGCGCCAAUUUGUCCCAAACUUCAGACUUAGAGCACAUCACAUCAAUGCUGAAUUCAGAUGUUGGACGUUUUCAGUUUCUUAUGAAAACGCUCGCACCACAGCUCAUAGCCCAUAGUAGCUACGUAAGAAUCGGUUAACCAAUUGUGUGGUACGAUCUUGUUCUUGCUGCGUAUGACUAAUUAUUAGUUUCUUUUACUUUGUUCACUUGCCUGCAGGCCAAUCGACAGUUCAUACGUUGUACCACUCUUUAUCAUUUGGUAUAUAGAUAGACAGAUCACAGAAAACCGUCAGUGAUCUCCUUGCCUGGGAAAAUUAAGGCUUUGCCUUUGAGCUCGAGAAAUUUCCACAUAAAUAUUUUACUAGUUAGAUAGUUUCCGCAAUAAUCCCUUAUUUAUUCCUCAUGUAAAAAAAUGCAGUGCUUGUAUACAGAAAUUCUUGUGCCCACUACCUGUAAUUAAAGAUCCAUCAUGGUAUUAAUAUAGUACAAAUGCAAUACUUCAAAUAUUCAU